UUGUUUUGUUGAUGAAACAGAGCUGAUGAGCGUCCAACCGCGUGGUCAAAACAAUGACAUAUUCUGCUGUUCUGUUGUACGUGUUAAAACUGUGUUGGUUGUUUACAGUCACUUCUUUGUUGUUGUACUAUCCCAAACAGGUUCUGCUUCUCUUUAAACAGCAGUUUCACCAUGAGGGAUUCCAGCUGUAAAGCUGGUACUUGUUAUUCCUGUUGUUGUUCUCCCCGUUGCAGGACUAUUUCACGGACCUUAUCACCAACGACAGUAUCAACUUCUUCCGUAUGUCCAAGAAGGUGUACCCUCACCGGCCAGUGAUGAUGGUCAUCACCCACGCUGCCCCCCACGGGCCGGAGGACUCAGCCCCACAAUACUCAGAGAUGUUCCCUAAUGCCUCCCAACACAUCACCCCCAGUUAUAACUACGCCCCCAACAUGGAUAAACACUGGAUCAUGCAGUACACCGGUCCCAUGAGACCCAUCCACAUGGAGUUCACUAACUUCCUGCACAGAAAGAGACUGCAAACACUCAUGUCAGUGGAUGACUCUGUACAGAAGGUAUAUGAGAUGUUGGUAGAGAGUGGGGAACUGGACAACACCUACAUAAUCUACACAGCUGACCACGGCUACCACAUCGGCCAGUUUGGGCUGGUCAAGGGGAAGUCCAUGCCCUACGACUUUGACAUCCGAGUGCCCUUCUUCCUCCGCGGGCCCAACGUCGAGCCUGGAGCAGUGUAA